CAGCAAACCAUCUCGUUCAACUCCUAACCACAAAGCGAUACCAAAUUUGUCGUGUUGUCGUCGGAAUUGAAAGGGAAGCUCUCUAUUCGUUCAUCGUCUUGCUCUUCCGUGUUGGCGCUCUCGUCGGCUGGUUUGGCUGUUUGGUUCGAGAUUCCGACACAGUUUUGUGUAAGUGUCUCGCUGAGUCAUCUGGAUUGCAGUAAUUGAAAGUACCAACUGCAUUAGACAAAAGAAUACUCUCUCCAUAAUGUCGUCCGCCCGACAGCUUUUGCUCUUGUUGAAACGUCCAGGUCCGUGCCGGAAUCGUCCAUCUCCUUCACGGCGCGUUCCUGAUCCUGGCACGUUGUCCCGAUCCUUGUCUCGUUCCCGUGUGGCGCAGCGAAGCCUGAGUACCAGCGCUGCCUCCAGUCUUACCGUGCACGAGAACGAAUCGUUCUUGACGGGAACGUCCUCUGUCUAUGCGGAAGAAAUGUACGAAGCCUACCUACGCGAUCCUACCAGUGUGCACGAAUCAUGGAAACGCUACUUUGACAAUCUGGAACAGAGUGUGGCCUACAACGAAGCCGAUUUCGCGUCCCCGACCGCCGUACCAUCGCCCAAGCCAGUCCGGGCAUCGAGUAUGUCGAUCGAAGCCGCUCCGUCGGAUUCCCUAGCGGUAGCACAUUUGAUUCGAUCCUACCAGGUCAACGGACACUUGGCCGCGCAAUUGGAUCCUCUUCAUCUUCACACCCGCGAGGCAUUUCCCCAACGCCCUUCCAAUCUCAAGCCCGAGCUACUCAGCAAGGACGGAUUCCCUCCCGAGCUUACUGCGGAACACUACGGCUUUACGGAAGCCGACAUGGAUCGUCGUCUCGUCUUUCGUGGCGCCUCUUCCGGUGGAAACAAGGGCUACUUGGAAGAGCUCUCCAAUUCUCCCAACAAAGUCACGCUCCGCAUGAUCCUACAGGAACUGCGCAAAACGUAUUGCAACACGCUCGGUGUGGAAUACAUGCACAUUGGCGAUAUCGACAAGAUGAACUGGAUUCGGGAACGCGUCGAGAAUCCGCGAUGGACGCGGUACGAUGUCGAAAAGAAAACACACAUCUUUGAACGUCUCUGCUUCGCCGAUAGCUUUGAGAAUUUCUUGGCGCACAAGUUCAAUACCACCAAGCGCUUUGGUUUAGAUGGGGGUGAAGCCAUCGUCCCGGCUCUCAAAGACGCCAUUGAUCGCGCGUCCGAGCUCGGGGCGCACAGUUUCGUCAUCGGCAUGCCCCACCGCGGUCGACUCAAUAUUCUCGCCAACGUCAUGCGCAAACCCAUGCCCCUUAUCUUUUCCGAAUUCCAAGGCACCAACUAUAAUAUCAAAGAUCACCAAAAGAGUACAUCGGAUGAUCACUGGGGUAUGUCGGGUGACGUCAAGUACCAUUUGGGUUCGUCAAUGGACCGGACCUAUCCCGAUGGUCGACAAAUUCAUCUAAGUUUGGUCGCCAAUCCAUCACAUUUGGAAUGCGUCAACCCGGUCGUGGCGGGUAAGGCUCGCGCCAAACAGUACUACGGUGGAAACCGAGAAGAAGAUAUCCGUAACGUUGUACCGAUCCUAUUGCACGGCGACGCCGCCUUUGCCGGGCAAGGGGUGGUCUACGAGACCAUGCAAAUGGCCGAGGUGCCCGAUUUUGACGUCGGUGGAACCAUUCACGUCAUCAUCAACAAUCAGAUUGGCUUCACCACCAACCCCAUUCAUUCGCGCUCGACGCCCUACUCGUCGGAUUUGGGCAAGGCCUUCAAUUGCCCCAUCUUUCACUGUAACGGCGACGAUCCCCUAGCAGUGUCGACGGCACUCGAGACCGCCGUCGAAUGGCGUCACGAAUGGGGCAUGGAUGUUAUUAUCGAGAUGGUCUGCUACCGUCGUAACGGUCACAACGAACUAGAUCAGCCGGCCUUUACACAACCAAAACUCUACAAGGAAAUUUCUCGACACCCACCAACCCUGGAUAUUUUUGAAAAGCGAUUGAUUGAAGAAGGAACCUUGUCCAAAGAAGAAUGUCAAGAGAUCCGUGACUUUACGCUGGAAAGCUACGAAAAGGAUUUCGAAGCUUCCAAGACGUAUGUGAAAAAAGAGACGGAUUGGUUGAGCUCCAGAUGGACCGGUUUCAAAGGGCCGUCGCAGAUUAGUCGUAUUCGUCCUACCGGCGUGGAGGUUGAGACUCUGCGCAAGAUAGGAAUCCAAGCUGGAACGGUUCCAGCCGAUUUUAAAUUGCAUCGUCAAAUGGCCAAAAUCUUCAAGGCGCGUCGGGAAAUGGCGGAAAAUGGCGAAGGUAUUGACUGGGGCACUGCCGAAGCCUUGGCGUUUGGUUCGCUCCUACUUGAAGGGAAUCAUGUGCGUAUUACCGGUCAAGACGUUCAGCGCGGUACCUUUAGUCACCGGCACGCCGUCGUCAAGGAUCAGAAUACCGAAGAGGAAUACACUCCAUUGAAUUUUCUCGCCAAAAAGAUGGCUCCAAGUGCCCCACUUGAAGAGCUGAGCAAGACGGAUACGCAAGCCGGCUUCAUUGCUCGUAAUUCGAUUCUUUCCGAGUUUGCUGUUCUUGGAUUUGAGCACGGGUACAGUUUGGAAAACCCGAACGCGCUCAUUUUAUGGGAAGCCCAAUUUGGUGACUUCGUCAAUGGCGCGCAAGUCUUGAUUGAUCAGUUCAUCUCGUCAGGUGAAGACAAGUGGUUGCGCCAGUCUGGCCUUGUCAUGCUGUUGCCCCAUGGGUACGAUGGACAAGGUGCCGAACACUCUAGUUGCCGUGUGGAGAGGUUUCUGCAGCAAGUGGACGAAGAUCCGCACUACAUUCCGCGCUUGGCACGGGACGAACGUAUGCAAAUUCAGCGCUGCAAUUGGCAAGUUGUCAAUUGCACGACCCCGGCAAAUUACUUUCAUUGUUUGCGCCGUCAGAUUCAUCGUGAUUUCCGUAAGCCACUAGUAGUCGUAGCACCAAAGAACUUGCUUCGUCACAAGCGCUGCGUUUCGACCUUGGAAGAAAUGGGACCAGGUACAUCCUUCAAGCGCGUCUACGACGAGACUGAUCCGGCAAUAAGCCAUCAUCCAGAGCAAGUCAAGACGCUGGUCUUUUGCACUGGGCAGAUAUACUACGAGCUCCUGGCGGAGCGUGAAAAAUUAGGUCGUACGGAUGUGGCUCUGGUGCGUUUGGAACAAAUUGCUCCAUUCGCGUUCGAUCGGAUCGCGAAGAAUGCGCAGAAAUACCCCAAUGCCGAAUUGAUUUGGGCCCAACAAGAACCAAAGAAUAUGGGAGCCUAUAGUUAUGUAUUGGCUCGUAUCAUGACGGCGACGCGCGAAUUAAACGGCAACGAAAAACGCCCUCGCUACGUAGGCCGCCCAGUCAGUGCGGCGCCAGCGACAGGCAUGGGUAAAGUACAUCAAAUGGAAUAUAACAACAUCAUGGCGGGAGUCUAUGGCGUGGCGGGAGAUGGAGGUUUUGAGGACUAGAAAUCAAUGUUUAAGAGACAGUGCAAAAAUCGAGUUUAAUUUACAGCAAGUGUGUCGCACACAAUGGUUUUGUAAGCAGAACGAACAUUUUCUAGGCGACAACUGAUUGCAAAACUGCUACAAUGCCUUUCCAAAAAAAGAAUGCGAAGAGCAGACUCUGACAGUAAUCUACUAACUGUAACUUGUUACAUU